GUCGUCAUGAUAACGUAGCAACGCCACAAUGUCUAUUGUUGACAUACUAUCCAAACGCUUUUAAAGCUCUCAAAGAAAAAUGCAAAAUUUGCAGGAAUUUGACGAAGGAAAUUGCCAGAAUUUUGCAGACUCCAUGCAUAGACGCACAAUGCAUCCCAGAGAUUGAUGCUGAUGUUCUGGGGGUCAUGACCUUUCCAACUGAUCUUGACCUACUUUCUCUCUCACACGACCCUGAGCGUGGCCUUGAUGAGGUCAGCCAAUCUGAAGAUUGUGCUGGGAAUCUCUCUGUUUCAAGUUCUCGCUCAGGUGUCCAGUGCGCAGAGAAAGCUGUGUCGGUCGCGGUUGAUCUGCUCGAGGAAGACCUCGCGCUCUCCGACUCGGACAGCGAUUGCGAUGAUGACGUCACUGAUGAUGUCACUAGCUGGUCGCAGGAGUCGGUUGCUGCGUCGUUCCCGGCAGCUACUUCCGGUUACAGCUCUGAUUCCGAGAGUUACUCAGAGGACACGGUUGUGACAAGACGCAAGUCGGCUACAGUGCCACGCCGACUAGAUAGUCAGGAAAUCGUGUCCGAUGAUGAACUCUCUGAUGACGAAGGUUGUGAUUUUACGGACAAACGCCACCGGCGAAGGCGACGAUACAACCGCCUGGAAAGGGAACGUACGGACUUCACACAGUCCAGCAAUAAGCGAUCGUUAAGUCUUGAGUCCCGGUCUUCUGAUGAGAAUACCAUCUCGAGUGAAAGCGAGUCAAGUGACUCGUCAAGCUCUGAUUCGGACAGUGACGAUUCAACAUCCGGGUCAUCUAGCGACUCGGAUUCAGAAAGCUGCAGUUGUUGUUCAACGUCUAGCAGCUCUUCAGACGACAGUGAUUCUGACGCCGACGGCGAUGAUGCGCGGGAAAUCGACAUCAGGUUCGAUAGGAAUCCAUGCCCUGCGAGUUGCGUGUGUCGGUCUGACAGUAAUAUGCUUCCGAUUCCGCCCGCACGCAGACGCCGAACGGAACAGUCGCUGUACUACGAGGUUCUAAAUCGACAGCUGCUGAAGUCCUAUAAUGCAGCUUGA